AUGGGAAUCGAAGUUCCUGAAUCAUAUGGUGGUCCAGGAUCAUCGUUCUUCGACACAGUUCUCGUUGUGGAGGGACUAGCUAAGGUCGACCCUGCCGUGUCUGUGUUCGUGGAUGUACAAAAUACCCUUAUCGCCCCUCUACUAAUGCAACUUGGAUCAGAAGAGCAGAAGGAAAAGUAUCUACCAAAGAUCGUCUCUGAGUGGGUCGGUUCAUUUUGCCUUUCCGAACCUUCUUCCGGAUCUGAUGCCUUUGCUCUGAAAACUGUGGCUAAAGCAGACGGGAAUGACUUCAUCAUUAAUGGAUCCAAGAUGUGGAUCACCAAUGCUGGACAUGCUAGCUUUUUCUUG